CCCGCCUCAGUCCACCGACGACUGCCGCCGACAUUCCCAAAAACGCGCGGUACCGAAAUUCAGUCGCAAACGGCGAUAAAAGCGAACACCAAAUUUGGGUUUAGUGAGUGUGACCGUGGAAGUGCGUAGUGCUCUGAGGAUUGAUUUGUCUGUGUAACCGCGAUGCAGAUAACGGCGUGACACCCCGGGUUGACAGGACUCAAUCCGCACGAUGUCGCAGCCACCGGGCCGGGGGCGCGCGCGCCUCACCCCCUCCCCGUCCCCGCACUACCGCCCGCCCUCGCCAUGGGCGCCCAGCCCGCCGCCUAUCAUCUCCGGCCCGCGCCACUCCACCGCCAUCCUGUCGCCGCCGCCGGUCAACCCCUCGCCCCGGCCGUUCCGUCCGCUUCACUCGCCCCACCUACGACAGCACUCCCCGUCGCCGAGCUCCCACUUCUCCAUAUCCCCGUACCCCAUCUCCCCCGUCAUGGGGCAGAGCCCCGAGUACUACUACUCGUCCCCGUACGAGCCCGUGCGGGAGUACGGGGAGCCGACCCCGCCGCCGCGGCCGAUGAUCUACGAGGAGGAGGACGAGGACACGGGGCCGUCCACCGCCGAGAUCAUCGCCAACCAGUCCCAGGAGGGCUACGUCGACGAGAAGCUGGCGGAAUACCAGGCCACCAUCCAGCUGUUGCAAGAUGAACAGGAGAGAGUACAGAAAAAGACGUUUGUUAACUGGAUCAAUUCACAUUUAUCAAAGCGCAUACCUCCGUUGAGGAUCGACGACCUAAUAUACGACCUCCGAGAUGGCACCAAGCUGCUGGCGCUGCUUGAAGUACUUUCCGGCGAGAAAUUGCCGAUGGAGCGCGGGCGCGUUCUCCGCCGGCCGCAUUUCCUCAGCAACGUGAACACAGCGCUGCGUUUCCUCGCCGGCAAACGUAUAAAGCUGGUGAACAUCAACGCCGCUGACCUCGUGGAUGGGAGACCGGCCGUCGUCCUCGGCCUCAUAUGGACCAUCAUCCUGUACUUCCAGAUCGAAGAGAACAGCCGGGCGCUAGAAUACCUUGGCGGUUCGCGAUGCGCUUCGGUCCUAUCACAGGAGUCUGGCGCGGCCACACCCACACACAGAGCAGAAGACAGGUGGAAGCAAGGCGCCAAGAAGACCUUGCUACAAUGGGUCGCCAACGCCUUACCCAAGGAUUCCAACAUCCAAGUGACAGAUUUCGGUCCUUCUUGGAGAGACGGUAUAGCUUUCCUUGCGAUCAUCGACGCAAUCAAGGCCAACCUCAUCAACCUCGCUGAAAUGAAGCGCAAGACAAACAGACAGCGUCUGGAACACGCCUUCGACGUGGCAGAGACAGAGCUGGGCAUCGCCAGACUCUUGGAUGCCGAGGAUGUGGAUGUCGACAAGCCUGAUGAGAGGUCCAUCAUGACAUAUGUGGCACAAUUCCUUCAUAAAUACCCCGAACCUAAGACUACAGGACCAGAUGCAGUGGCGGCAGUACAAGAGGAGUACGAAUCUCUGCGGAUGUGGCUGACGGAGCGCGUCUCCCUCAUCCAGCGGCAGUACGACACGAGGACACUCUCGAGAAACUACGAGGACUACGUCCGCGCCGAAAACGAUCGUCUCGCUAGAGAGCCGAUUUAUCAAAAACUCGAAAAACUUAUGUACACGCAGAGCCUAGUAGCCAUCGCCCCGAAAUCUUGGCGCGAACUAGUCGCGCUGUGGGUAGAAUUAGAAAGACUGCACAGGCGAUGGCUCUGGCUUCUGGACUCGGAGCUCCCGGGCCAUUUCCGCGUCAUCGGCGAAUGGCUAGCGAAGGCUGAAUAUUUGCUGUAUUUCGAUGAGAUACCGACCGAUCUCGACGACAGAACCGCUGCAAUCAUAAGUGAAAAAUUGGAGGAGCACAGCGUCUUCUUCCAGGACCUCCCCGAGGUCAUCGACCGAUUCGAGGCGGCGCUCCGGUCGCCCGACGCCUCGUCGAUACCCGGCGAGCGGUUACAGAACAUGCAGGAGCGAUUACAGUCAGUGAGUCGAAGAGCACCACAGAGAAAAGCUAGAUUAAAGUAUUUAGAACACAAGUGUUGUAUAGUUGCUUUCACGGAAUUGACCAAGUCGAAGCUCUCCACGUGGACCGGUAAAUACGGCCGCGUAGAUCACGUUCGUGCCUUACUAGAAGAUUAUGAUAAUUUCGUGAUUAAAAACAAGAUUUUCCAGGAGUUCGAUAAAGCGUACGUUGAUAUUAAGCAGGUGGUCGAUGAGUAUAAGAGAGUGUGUGAAGUUGAUAGAUCUGAAGCGAGAGAAAUCGACGAUUUCUUGAGAGAAAUAUCGGAAACUUGGCGGCGAGUGGCUACAGACGUCAGGUGUGCGCGUAGUGUUUUGGAAGAAGUGAUUUCACAUUGGGAAAAGUGGACUGUUCUAACUGAUGACUUCACGAUUUGGUUAGACAAAGCGCAGCAUAUGUUGAGAGUAUCUGAAGAUGAAAGAUUAGAGUUCUUCCAAGAUCUGACCGUAUGGAAAGAACGACACCAACUUUUAGGAGACACGGCAGGCUUUUUGGCUGCUACCUGUUCUGACGAAAUAACAUCUGAAAUUAAGAGGAAAUACAUAGAAAUCACCGAACGUUGGGAAAGGAUUUGGGAGGAGGCAGAACCAUACGUUCGUGGUGGCGACGCCCUUCGCCACCGUCGUCAAUUGGCAUCCGGUAUUCAACAACUGGAUGCGUGGCUUCUAAGCGCUGAAAACUUAUUAGCCACACAACCAAGAGCCAAUACGCAAGAUAUUCAGCAAUACAUUGAUCAGCUGUUACAGCUAAAUUCUGAGAUUGAACCAAACGAAGAGCUGUUCAAAUCUAUUAGCAGGACCUUCCAAACUGCGAUAUCCGAGCUGCCCCGAGAUGAGGUGGAAUCGCGGAUGGCCCAAUUGAAACAGCAAAAGGAGGCACUGGUGCGUGCCCGAGCAGGCGUCCCGGUGCGCCUGCACCAAGCCCGACAGCUGCUCGUCCAGCACGAAUCGCUGGAAGCUGGCCAGCGAGAGCUGCAAGCCUGGUUAGAACGUGCCGAAAAUGUUUUAAGACAACCAAUCGAAACAAGAAGGGAAGUUGUAGAGGAAAGAUAUGAAAUUCACAGAAGUUUCUUCUCUCGGACCACAUACUAUCGUUCUAUGCUAGAGAGCAAGAACAAAGUAUUCCAAAAUAUUGUAAAGGCAGCAGACGCAGAACGUAGUGCUGAUGUAACUGACCAAGUGCAUCUAAUGAGAGAUGUAAAUGAAAGGUUUGCUCAUGUCUCAUCUGAGGCAACUCGUAAAGAAGCAGAGCUUCAACGUCUAGUUCGUGCUUGGGAGGACUUUGAAAUCAAGAAGAGAUGUGUGGAAGAAUGGGCUUCUAGAGCUGAAGCCUUAUUGGCUGACAACAGAGUAGACUCAAAACAAGCUGUAGACUUCCAUAAAAAGUUCUUCCAGGAGGCUGAUGAAAAGGCUGUUUCUGAACUUGUCAGAUCAGGACGUGAACUAAUUGAGCUUGUCAAUGAGGCAGAUAGACCACAUGUGGUGGCUACUGUAGAAGGAUUGCAGCGGAGGUGGAAGGAGCUGCUAGACCGCGCGCCACCACAUCUCAUGCGCCUCGAAUUCCGUCUCGAUGAAGCUAUCUUCAAUCACUGCAUAAAGGACAUUGAAAAAGAAAUUGUCUACGAGGAACAAGCAUACAACCAAAGCGAUGAUGCUGAUGGUAUUUUAAUACGCAAUGAGGAAUACUUUACCAACCAAGGCAAAGUGAUGCAAGUAGAGCAUUGCUUGCAAAAUCUUAAAAAGAUCUCACAAAGUUACACUCACCAAACCAAUGAUACUACCCUUGAAGAGUCAGUACGAAGAUGUGAGCAGAUGUGGGAAGCGACUGUCCACAGAGUAGAACAUUUCCGGCAACAUCUUCAGCGGAUACCAGCUAAGUGGGACGCUUAUCGAGAAAAGUUCCGAGAAAUGGAAAAAUGGAUGGAUCAUGUUGAUCACACCAUGGACAGCAUUGUUAGAGAAGUCGACUCCGCAGAAGCAUUUGAAAGGGAGAAAACAAUAUUCCAGAAUAUCUGCCGUGACGCUGAUCGCAAACGUGAAGAUAUGAAAUGGCUAGUUCAAACACUCGACAUGCUUUCAAGUCACUGCGCCGACACCGAAGCUCAAGAAGAACAAGUGAAGCUAGAAAAUCUCAUUACAAGGUACAAAAACCUCAUACCGACUAUAGAAAUAACAAUGAUUAAGACUGAAACGUACACACGUUGCUACACGUACAGACGAGAGGUACAUGAAGUAAUUUGCAUUUUGGAAGGUGCAAAAGAACAUGCACUAGUUGAACCUGAACCACAAUCCUUACAACAUGUGGAACAAUUAGUCUUGGAACAACAGGUUGCGGUACAAAAAUUAGAUAGGCAACGUCCUUCUGUUAUGUCAAUGCUACAACGCGGCAAGGAACUUAUCAAGGAUGCGAAUGCUCCAGCAUUUGUAAGAGAAGAUGUCAGAAAUCUUGAAACCGGUUGGAAUACAGCCUACGAGUCGAACACUGACCGCCUACACAAACUUCGCGACACACAAAAAGUAUGGUCUAACUAUGAGUACCAAAAAGAGGAGUUGCUGUCUGAUAUUGAUAAAAUUGAAAAUUAUGUCGCCCAUCCGGGCUUGGAGAUUGGUGCUACUAACAUAUCCAGAGAGUUACAGGAUACCAAAGUUAUCAGUACAGACUUAGAACGUGCAAAAUCGGAACGUUUGCCGCAGUUGCAACGCGCCUAUGCUGAGCUUCAGUCUCUUACAGCGAAUAAACCAAAACCUGUAAUUGAAAAAGAUUUGAAGACGAUAGAACACAAACUGGAUAGAGUGCAAGAAGAAGUAAAAACAAAGGUAGAUCAUUUAGAAAAAUUCAAUAAAGAAUGGGUUCAAAUCGAACACAAAUUAGAGCACGUUCGCGAAUGGAUAAAAAAAGAAAGUCCAGCUUUAAUAUCUCAAAUACAAUCAGAUAAUAUUACACCUGAAGAACGUCUAGAAAAAUCUCAAUCCUUAAAGAAAAUCUUAUCAGAAAAGUUAGAAAUAAUAAGAGGUGUUGCAGAUCAAGGAAAUAAAUUAGCAGCUGAACAUAGAGUUCAAGAUGCAAAUAGAUUGAAGGGAGAAGUUGUUCUUUUAGAAAAAAUGGUUGCAGAUUUACAACGUUCAAUGGAACAUCAGUCAAAAGUAGUUGAACAUGACCUUGCUAGCUGGCAAAAGUAUCAAAAAGGAGUAGCUGAAAUAAAACCUUGGAUAGAAGAAGCCGAAGUUAAACUAGGAAGUGUUCCAAAACCGUCAUCUUUACCGGAAGCACACCAACUUCAACAACAGUCAAAAGCUUUAGUUACAGAUUCUGACAAACAGUUAAUGAAUUUGCAAAUCCUUUCCAGUGUUAGUCACCAACUGUCAGGUAAAACCACGGCACCGGAUGAGGUUGAUGCAAUACAUUCUAGGUGGGCUGUUGUGCAUGAUUUGGCAGACCAAUGGAAUAAUAGGCUAGAGAAACUGAUAAAUAACUGGGAAAAUUUCGAAAAAGAAGCGGAAAAACUUGAGACUUGGGUCGAAGAGGGUGAAAAGCUUGUAAGCAGUCGUAGCCUUUUGGUCGAAACUCCUCAAGUAGAAAAGCUGGAUCGUGAGUUAAAUAGACUUAAGUCGUUUGGUAAUGAAAUUUCACAACAACAAGCGAAGAUAAUAACACUAUCACAAACUUGUGAUACUAUUUGUCACAACAUCCAACCAGAAGGCGCAACACUAUUAAAAAAUAAAGUGGCAGAUAUUAAACAAAGAACAAAUUCGUUGGCAGAAACUGCAAGAACUAGAAUAAAUGAACUAUCAGAUAAAAUUAUUGUACGUCAAGAGUUUCUUGCUAAAUUGCAUAACUUCGAUAAUUGGAUUACGGACUUUAAGAGAAAGACAGAUAGCUAUGAUCAAAUAAGCGUUGAUAAAGUAGAACCAUCUUUGCAGUCUAUGCACGUGUUAUUACAAGAGCAUGCUGCAAAGGCCCCAGAAUUUACAGAUAUUUAUACGGAAGUAAAAAAUAUGACUUUAUUGUCUCAUCCAGAAGAAACUAGAUCUUUGAGCGAUACCUAUUCCAACAUUGCUGAAAACUAUCAGGUUAUGGAAUCAAAUAUUCAACAGAAUAAAGGCAUUUUGCAGAAGUGGUCGGAGUUAUUAAAUUGGUUUGAGGAUAACAAGCAACAGCUAAGCCAUAUUCAAUAUCAGCUCGAUGGGCCAAAAUUAACGUCUGAAAGCUAUGAAGUUUUAAGACAAGAAUUAGAAAGUAUUCUUCACAAAAUACCGGAGUGGAAGAGCAACGUCGCCUUACUAGAUGGUCCAUCAAAAAUUAAAGUUACCGAUCAACAUUCGGGCCGUAUAAUUCCCCCCACAAGCUUAGUAAAAGAAAUCGAAGUUAAAGCAGAUUCAUUGCUUAACCAAGUGACGACAAAGAGGGACCUUGUUCAAAAAGUUGGUGCACGAUGGGAUAAAUUCAACUUGCAACAUAACGUUUUGUCGCAAGUAUUACAUAAUAUACAAUCCACUCUUAAUGAGAUGUCUCAGGUACCCGUACCGUUAACUGAAGCAACCAUUCAAGACAUAACAGAAAAACUUGACAGGCUUGAUUCAGAUCUAAAAGAAAAGCAAUCUAUUCGCAAAGAGCUCCGAGAAGAAGGCUUACACCUCAUGAGGGAAGAUCAACCAAACAUGGGGACUAUCCAAAAUGCUCUCUCGGCUGCUGACAACAACUGGGACCAACUUGUCAAUACUGUAAGAGAUACCAAGAAUAAAUAUAUUCUACUUUCAUCAACUUCCCAAGAACUUAACAAUUUCUCUGUUGCUUUUGACAGAGAAAUGAAUCGCGCCGAGCAGUUGUAUGAUAGUUGUAAAGAAGCACCUAAUGAUUAUGUACAGACCGCUCAAUCAUUGGAAAAAGCCAAAAAAGCUUACGAAAUAUUGAAGAGAUCUAAGGGUUUACUAGACCAAAUGGAGUCAAUAAAACAAUCUGUUUUGAAGCAAGCAUCUACUCUAGGUGGUUUCGACACUAGUCCUAUUGAAGAAGCUUUUCUUAACUCACAAACAAGAUGGGAAAAAGGCAAUGAUGCUGCUAUAAAAAGAAUACAAGAUUUAGAAUCUCAACUAAUUGUGUGGCGCCAAAUUGAUGAAACAAGAAAUCAAAUUGUUUCUUGGUUGAGUGAAACAGGACAAAAUCUAGCAAAUGCUUGUGAUAACUUGGAAAUAAGAUUUGGUCAAAACCAUCUUACGAAAUACAAGGAAGAGCUGCCAUUAUAUAUUGGACUAAAAAAUAGUAUUAAAGCUAAAUGUGAGCAAAUAAUUAACCUUAACAAAAAUAUACCAACAAGCCAAGUUGCUUCUAUAACAGAAUAUCUUGAUAACGAAUUCCAAGCAUUAGAAUCGUUAGCUGGAAAUCUAGAAACAGCUGUCUUUUCAUUGGAAUCUAAAGAAAACAAACUUAAGGAAAGCAUCAAAAAGCUCUCUGAUAAUGUUAGUAAGAUUCGAGAUGACAUUAUUAAAUGUGACGAUAUGUCAGGAGACAAUGUAAAGAUUUUAGAUCGGUUGAAAAAAUGUCAGCUAUGCAAAGCCGAACUUCAAACACUUAAUGAAGAAAUUGAUAACUUAACUCAAGAUGUCUCUGAAAUGAAUUCGAAUUAUCCUGGAUUUUAUGAGUCGUUAGUGCCAAAAGAUUUAAGUACUUUACAAAAACGUUUCGAAAGCGUUGUCCUACACGCUAAUAAAACUGAAACCACAUUAUUAACAUUCUUACAAAAACUAUUUACUGACAAAUUAAGUAUGUUAAAUAGAAACUUAAAAAUUUUAGAUGACAAAACAAGGUGGUGUAUGCCUGAUGCAUCGACAGAUAAAUAUAAUUUAGAAGUGAAAUGUGCAGCACUAGCUGAUGUAGAAAAUGGCAUCGCAGACUGUCAGUCAAAAAUAGUCGAAUUAAAAGACUCUUGUAAUAUUUUAUUUGCUGUCGCAGAACCUGUGUCUGCACAGGAAGCAGCCGCACAAACUGAAAAGGCCCAAAAAAAUCUAGAGGUCUUAACUUCAAAUUACGAAGAAAUUAAAAAACGGCUACAAGAAAACAUUGAAACUUGGCAAGACUACGAAAAACUUCUUGAAAACGUUUCUGAAUGGCUUAAAGAUAAAGAAAACCGAGUUAGGCAAGAGGCUACUAAAUUAAUUGAUUUAAAUAAUAUCGAUGAAAAAAUUGUUGAAAUCGAAAAUAUCAAUAAAGAGGUAAAAGAUUAUGGCACUCAAGUGAAACAUCUCGUUGAAGUUGGUAAUAAAGUGCUGUCACAAAGUCCUGAUUCACGGGUUAUGCAAUAUAUUAAUCAUUUAGAAACAAGAUAUCAGACAGUUGGUAAAUUUAUGGAUAACCAAUUGAAUCGGCUAAAAGAUCUAAAGAAUGAUCAAAAGAAAUAUGACAAAUCUAUAGCAGAUUUCAAAGAUUGGAUUAGGGGAAUAAACGCAAAAGUUUCAGAAGUAUCUGCAAUGACCAAACAUACAAAACCCACAGCUGCAGACUUAGAAAACAUAAAAAAAUUAAAUGAAAGUAAAGAGUUGGGCCAGAAAUUAUUAAAUUCUGCUAUUGAAUCAGGAGAAGCGCUUUUUAGUGGUAUUACACCAGAAGACAGAGAGAAGGUUCGUAAUGAAUUAAGGUCAUUAAGAAGUGCCUUUGAAGAUUCUAUCGAUUCGUUAAACAACGUGGUAAAAGAUAUUGAAACUACUAUUAACAAACGGUCAUCGUUGGAUGAUACAUUUAACCAAGUCAAAAAAUGGGUAAAUGAUAAGGAGGCUGAAAUAGGAGAUCAAAAAUUAUCUUCAACUCUCCCAGAGAAAAAGGCUCAGCUGCAUAACAGUAAAAUUUUAUACCAAGAAGUAGAAUUAUAUCAAGCAAUGUUAACUCAACUUGCUGAAAAAAUUAAGUUGAUGCCAGAUGAGGAAAGUGAAAAAGUUCUUCAGAACAUAUUAGACAGAUACAAACGCAUUUCUAAGGAACUUCACGACAGAAUAUCUAUUUAUGAUACUCACGUGUCAGAACAUGAAAAAUACGUACAAAUGUUUGAAAAUGUACGAGAUCUAGUCAAUCACGUUGUUGCUGAAAACAGUUUGGUUAAUUAUGCUAUCGUUGCACAAAAGGAUGAUAUAGAUGCAAAAAUUUCGUCAAUUGAGAAUAUUAUAUCAAAAGGAUCUGAAAUAGAACAUGACAUUAGUGAUCUCAAGACUCAGUUACACAAAGUUUUGGAGACUACUAAUCCAAAUGGACAUCCAGUGCUUAUAAGCGAAUUUGAACAACUUAAGACUUCUUGGGAUCAAUUUGCUCUUCAGUGCAGUGAGCACGACAAAAAGCUAAAGGAUACUAUGAAAGUAUGGUCUGAAAAUCAAAAGAAACUAGAUGAAUUAGAGGAAUGGUUAAAAGUAAAAGAAAACCAGCUUAGAGAUCAAAGCUUAAAAAGUAAUUUGGAUGCUAAGAUUGCUCAUUUACAAAAAGUAAAAGAAAUACAAAAUGAGCUUGCGUCUAGAAAUAUUGAAUUUACUGACCUCACUAAUAAACAGAACAUGACAGGAGAACCUGAAAUAAUAUCUAGGACCUCUAAACUUGCUACUAUGUAUCAUACUUUAAGCAAUCUUGUUAAUGACAUAAUUUCGAAGUAUGAAGUUUUCGUGUCGGAACAUCAAGCUUUUGAAUCUGAAUAUGUUGAAAUGGAAAAAUGGCUUACUAAUAUGCUGAAUGACUUACAAGACUUAAAUGAAAUUGUUGGUGACUAUGCUGUAUUGCAAGAAAAACAAAAUAAGGCCAAAGAACUAUAUGAAAUAAGAAACAAAAAAGCACCUGCAUUUGAAGAGUUUCUGGGACUUGGUGAAAAGCUAUAUACACACACUAGUCCCGAUGGACGAGAAAUUAUCCGACAGAAAAUUCGUAAAGUAAGAAAUCUAUGGGAUACCUUUGGUGAUAGUUUUCAGGAAACUGUUAAUAAAUUAGACCAGUGUCUUUUGCAAUUUUCUGACUUUUCCCUUGCGCAAGAGCAACUAACAAAAUGGUUAAAAGAUGUUGAAAAGGCAAUGCAACGUCACACAGAACUCAAAGCCUCGCUUGAAGAAAAGAAAGCUCAACUCCAAAAUCAUAAAAUUAUGCAUCAAGAAAUAAUGACGCAUCAACAAUUAGUUGAAUCCGUAUGUGAUAAAGCUCAACAACUAGUUGAUCAAACUCACGAUGCAUCUUUAAAUGUUUAUUUACAAUCUAUAAAACAGCUUUUCCAAAAUAUUGUUACCAAGUCACAGAAUCUUCAAGAUAAUUUAGAAGAUUGUGUUAAGAGACACGAAGAGUUGGUCAAACUUAUUCAAAGCUAUAAAGAUUGGUUUGGAUCGCAAUCAGAAAAAAUUUUGGAUAUUGAAAACGCAGUUGGAGAAAAACCUGAAAUUAUUCGAAAACUUCAGUCCGCUAUUACUAUGAAAGAUAUAGAAAAAAUUGGCUCAAAUAAGUUAGAUGAAAUACGUUCAGUUUUUGGUACAGUAAGUAAAAGUACCUCGGAAUCAGGAAACGCUGCUAUUAAGACCGAAAUAGACAACUUGCACGAUCAAUUACGAAAGGGAGUUGAAAAUAUCGUUCUUUCAGAACGAAAACUUAAACAAACAUUAGAAAUUUGGGACAAAUUUGACUCUUCUAAUGAAUCAAUCUCAGAGUGGUUAAAAGAUAUGGAAACCAAAUGUCGUGAUCAGGCUCUAUGCUCGACGCUGCAGGAGAAAGAAACUCAAAUGCAAAAAAGUAUAGACAUUCGCAAUGAAAUACAUGCAAAAGAAAAAGAAAUUGACAAUUUUGUGGAUGAAUCUCAUAGUCUUAUACAACUCAGCGGCGUAGAGAGGUUGAAAUCGUUAGUAACUCAGAUAAAUAACCGAUACCAGCAGCUCCAUUUAAUAUCCAAAGAAAUUGUUAGUCAUUGGUCUGAGUUAGUUGUAGACCAUAAAAAAUACGACCAACUCCGUAAUGAGUUUGACUCAUGGCUUAAACCUUUAGAAGAACAGUUGUCGCAAAUGAUUACAAAAGAAGAUAAGUUUGAUAUUGAAAGCAAGGGCAAUAAAUUACAAAUAUUUAUAUUGGAAAAAGAUAACGGAGAACACAAAAUCAAUUCCCUUACAAAUGCCGGUGACAAAGUAUUGCCAGAAACAGCAACUAAUGGUAGAGAAAUCAUUCGAGGUGAAAUAAGAGAUUUAAGAACGAGAUGGGAUAAAUUUAAUGAUGGCAUACUGAAUCAACAAAAAGAAUUUGAAUCCCAGACAUUGCAGUGGUCAAGUUACCAGGAAGUAUUACAGCAAACAUUAGCAUGGUUAGAUGAAAAAGAAAAGUUAAUAGAAGGAGAAGAAAAAAGUAUUCUUAACUCAGCGCAAGAAAUAAAAUCUAAAUUGCUUAAGAAUAAGACACUUUUACAAGAAAUAACAUCGCACAAAAGGGUUAUAGAAACCGUUACCGAAAAGGCUAAAAGUAUCGCGGCUAGUUUACAAGCAGGACAAAAGGAUAACGAGGAAAUGAAUUCUACGAUUAAAUCCAUUUGGGACCGCUACAAUAGAAUUGUUAGUAGACUUUCUGCAGUUAUUGAUAAACAUGAAAAUCAUUAUGAAAUCUAUCAACAAUUUAUAGAACAGCAGAAGUCUUUACAAGAUUAUCAAAAGCAACUGUGGGAAAGACUACACGCCUUAUCAGAUUACACUGGAAACAAGACUGCUUUAGUUAGUAAAUUAUCAAAAAUUCAAGAAUUGCUUGAUGCUGUACCUAAUGGAAACACAAAACUUAAGCUGCUAACUGAUCUUAUAGAUAAUAGCAGUGAUAAACUAUCGCCUCGCGGCAAAAAAGAUAUGUCUCGUGAAUUAGCUAUAUUGAAGGCGGAUCUGGAGAAAUUUACCGCUACUGCGCACGAUGUAAAACGUGGUAUCGAAGAGAAAAUUCAACAAUGGAUUGAAUUUGAAAGUGCAAAUGAUCGCUUACAACAUUGGUUGGGAGACACGGAAAUGACACUGAAGAAUUAUACUCCGAAAGCAACUCUAGAAGAGAAGUUAGAUCAAUUCAACAAAUACCAGGAGGUAUGUAAGGCUAUAGAUAAACGCGAAUCUCAUCUAGAUGAGGUCAAAAAAUUGGGUGAACCGUUGGAUCAAGCUAUUUUAGCAAACCUCAAAAAGACCGAGAAUGAUGUCGACAAAUUAGCAGAUGAAUUUAGCGAUUUGAUUGAAAAUUGUAACGAUACCAGAAUAACAAUGAAUUUACAACAAAUGACAUCAAGAUUCCAGUCCGUACAUUCCACGGCGAAAGAACUCGUCAAAAAGUGUCAGCAGGCAGUUAAUGAUCACAACGCUUAUCAAGAAAAAUAUAAUCAAUGUAGCGAUUGGAUCAAAGCUGCACAGUAUAAAUUCGAGGAAUGCCAGAGAAAUAUCUCUAACACCCCUGAAGCAAUUAAUAUAAAACGUGAAAAUUUGAAGGAUUUAUUGAGCCAACGUCGUAAUGCUACACUCUUAGUAAAUAAUACAGUUGAACUAGGUGAAAAACUUUAUCCGUCGACAUCUCUUGAAGGAAAAGAAUUAAUAGAACAGCAACUUCAUGAAAUACGUCAAUCUGUUGAUAACUUGUUCGACAGUAUUACAAAAGCAGAAAAUGAUCUUGAUUCCGAACUUGUCAAGUGGUCAUCAUUUAAUGAUAAUCUCAAGGCUGUUCAAGAAUGGCUUAUGAUAGCCGAGACUAACCUGCCUAAGGAAAUUGAGCUAAAGGCUACUUUAGACGAAAAACGUGAACAACUUGACUUAUACAGGAAAUAUCUACAAGACGCUAUAGCUCAUCAGCAAGAUAUAUUGGAGUUAGAAGGAAGAGCUCACAGUUUACCUGACGCAGAUAAAAAUAUCGCAAAAGAAAUUGGUCAACUUAAGAAAAGACACAGUGUUAUACUUGGUCGCGCUAAAAAGUUCGUAGAACAAUAUGAAGCUAUUGUAAACAAUCAUCAGCAAUAUAGUAAAGCUGUUAUGGACUUGCAAGAAUGGGUAGAAGCUACUCAUAACACUUGCCAACUUUGGGGUGAUGUGAAUUUAGAAAGAGUAGCCUUAAGUGGAAACAUCGAAAAACUUAAGUCUCUUCAAGUUACACUUCCUGAAGAGAAAAAUCGCAUCGAUAAGAUUCGUAUCUUAGGUGAAAAAGUCUUGCCUGAUACAAUAAGCAGUGGCCAAACUAAUAUACGCAACCAAAUUGACUCUUCACAUCAAGAAUGGGAGGGCUUAGUUUCGUUCAUUAAUAAAACCAUUGAAUCUUUGGAAAAUAAAAUACAACAAUGGAAUGAAUAUGAAAACAUGAAAGAAGAAUGUUUGGCAUGGAUAAGAAAUACUGACAAUCAAAUUCACGCUGUUGAUCUCAAAGCAACGCUUCCAGAAAAGCAAGAACAGUAUAAAAAGUUCCAAGAAAUGCAAGGAGAGGUGCGUGCAAAAGAGCUUGAAAUCGAUAGUAUUACCGAAAAAGCACAACAAUUAUACACAUCUAUGCUUGCAUCUCGUAGUUCUCAAAUAUCUGACCUUACAAUUAAAUAUCAAGCUUUAUCACAGAAGAUUAAAGAUGUCACUAACCGGUGGCACCAAUAUGUUAAAACGCAUCAAGAGUUUAGCACUAAUAUAACUAAAUGUUCACAAUGGAUCGAAGAAUUGCGGGAUAAGUUAGACUUUUGUGGCGAUCUUGGUACUUGCUCUCAAGAUGAUCUUGAAACUAAGCAAGUUUUAAUACAGAAUCUUUUACUUACAAAAGAUGAGGGUUUUGCCAAAGUACAAGCAUUAGUUGAGCUGGCUCAAAAUGUAAUGGCAAAUACAGCACCAAGUGGCCAUGAAGCUAUCAACAACUCUUUAGUAGCUUUACAAGAACAAUGGUCUGCAUUAGUAUCUAGAAUGGUAGAAAUCAAAAACUUAUUAGAUGAUUCCGUCACGAAAUGGGCUGGUUAUUUGGAACAGAUUCAGUCUAUAGAAAAAAGCAAUAAUUGGCUAGAAAGUAUGUUACAAGAAUUGACUCCGUUUGAAUCAACUAUGUCUGACAAGCGAGCACAACUUGAUAAACUUAAAGAAGUAGAAGAAAGAGCACGUUGCGAACGCUUAGAAGUUGAUACUCUUAAAACUAAAGCUGCUGAAAUGUUAGCUUCUGGUCAACAAAAUCAAGCGGCCUCGAAAGCUCAAGAAGUUUUGAAUAAAUCUGACUCAUUAUACGAUAAAAUCAAGAAGCUCCUAACCGAUCGUGAAGAACAAUAUAAAGACCACAGACUAUACAAGGAAGCCCACGAUGAACUUAUUCAAUGGCUAAGCCGAGCACGAGAGAAAGUUCCUUCAAUGAAAUCUAAACCUUUGGGUGAUAAAUUGGCUAUUGAAAAUUCCGUAGCUCCCUUAGACGCUCUCAUUAAUAAGCAAGCUCAAGGAGAACUUUUACUAGAACAUUUACAACAUACAGGAGAAGUUGUCUUAGCAAGUACUUCAACUGAGGGCCAACAAAUAAUUAAAAAUGAAAUGAAGGCUCUUAAAGAGAGUUUUGAUCAUUUGUUUAAUGAAAUAAAGCAACAAAAAAAUCAAUUAGAGGAAACUGUCAGUCAGUGGCGCGAAUACAAAGACGAAUAUGAAAGAAUAUCGGAUUGGCUACAACAAAAAGAAAUACUCAUAAAAAAUCACAAAUUAGCACUAUUAGGAACUGCAAAGGAAAAAGCUAAUCAAGUAAAAGAAGUGAAAGAAAUUGUAGAUCAAUUAAAUAAGGGCAAAAGUGAUAUUGACAACUUUAAUGCAUCUGCUGCUGGUUUAUUAUCUUCUCAUUUAGAUACUUACGUUAAUAAUCAACUUAGACUUUUGAAUUCAAGAUAUCAAGUUGUUGUUAACAUGGCAAAUGAUGUUCUGAAGAAAGUUGAAACUAAUUAUGAACAACAUCAAAACUAUGAUGACAACUACGCUAAGACGAAAAAAUGGAUAAACGAAGCUUGGGAUAUUACGAGAAGUGGUGGUGAAGCCGGUAGUAAUAGCAGUAAAGAAGCUUUACAAAAGCGAUUAGGUCAAAUUGAAGAUUUACUGAAACGUCGAGAAGAAGGUCAGAAUCUUGUACAUGCUACCGUGAACAGCGGAGAAAAAGUUUUGCGUAAUACAAGAUCUGAUGGCAAAGAUAAAAUAAAUACAGAACUCAAAGAACUACAAAGUGAAUGGGAUCGACUUGUUAAAAAAAUGACCACAGCGAAGGUACACCUUGAAACAUCACUACUUCAAUGGGCCGACUACAGUUCUAGCUACUCACAACUGCAACAAUGGAUUUCUGACAGAGAAGCGAAACUUCAAGAAGUAUGUGAACAAAAGGUAGCAAAAUCUAAAAAGGGACAGGACCGGCUUGCAGGUUUGACGACUGGUUUAAGUAUUGGUGAACGAAAAGCUACACUCCGUCAAACAAACAAUAUAGUUCAAGAUAUUGUUUCGUUUGAACCCAUGAUCCAGUCUGUAACUUCUAAGGCUUCAGAACUUAUGCAGCAAGCUCCAGCAUCUGAAAUAACAAGCAAAUAUGAAAGCUUAUCUAAACAAGCGAAGGACUUAUACGAAAAACAAAAAGAAACCGUAGAACAACAUCAAGCAUUUAUAGAUGCUGGUACAGAUUUUGUCCAAUGGAUUAGAGCCGCUAGAGAAAAAUUAGGCAAAUGUUCAGACGCUACAGGAGACAAAGAAUCUUUAAGUAGUAAAAUGUCUCAACUUAAGGUCCUCGAAAGUGAAUUACCAGAAGGACAAGCUAAAUUGCAAAAGGCGUUAGAACAAGGCGAAAUAGCGUGUAGCUUAGCUGAUGACGAAGAUAGAGAAGAAAUUGAAGAAGAAGUGGCUUUAAUGCAAGAAGAAUACGAUACUUAUGUAGAGCAACUGAAUAAUACGAAGGCACUCAUAGAAGGUGGUAUCGUUAAAUGGACAGAAUAUGAGGAGCAGUACAAAGAAGCCUUGGAUUGGUUGUCAAAGACUGAAACACUUGUGCAGUCUUUCAAUAAACUGCAAAAUAAUUUAGAACAAAAGAAAGUAGUUCUUGAAGAGUUCCAGGGUCAUCUACAAACGCUAUUUGAUUGGCAAUCAGAGCUAGAUAAACUGAACGUACACGCGCAGGCCCUACUAGAGACGUGCGCUGAUACCAGAGUUUCCAAUGGAAUAACACAAAUUACUACAAAAUACAAUGCUCUGCUAUCAUUAGCGAAGGAAGUGAUGAAGCGUUUGGAACUUCAUUAUCAAGAACACCAACAACAUAAUGCUUUAUAUGGAGAAUGCCAAGACUGGCUUGAUAGAACUCGUGAAAAACUUAACCAAUGUGCUGAAAUACCGAAUACACUUCAAGAAGUUAACAGCAAACUGAAUACAGUGAAAUUGCUGCGUCAAUCGCUAGAACAAGGCCAAAACAAACUGAGAUAUCUCCUUGAGCUUAAAGAGAAGGUUAUUAUGAACACAGAACAGGCAGGAGCGGCAAAGAUUCAAGAGGACACUGAUAGUUUGAAACAAGAAUUUGAUAAAUUAAUAGCUGAUUUACAGGAUAUAAGGAAUAAGUUAACAGCUAGAGCCUCUCAAUUUGAUGACAUUUCUAAGAUUCAUAAAUUGUUAGUUGAGUGGCUAGACGAUAUUGACCAAAAGAUACAGUCAGAUGAUUCACUCCUUAAUGAUCUUUCGGAGAAAAAAGCAAAGCUUGAAAAGUUCAAGACAUUUAACAGAGAUAUUGAUUCACAUAAAGAUCUAGUUGAUAAAUUAAACAAUAAAAUAAAAGAAGAUGCGUCUUUGAAAACAAAAGACAUUGAGGAUACUCUAAAACGAUAUGAUGAAACUAAAAAAUCCGUGAACGAGACUAUAGGUAAAUUGGAAGAAUAUGUCAACUCACACAUUAAAUACAAAGAAGCCUAUGAUAGCUUUUAUGAUUGGAUUCGAAACUGCAAAAUUGAAAUACAGCAAUGUUCAGACUCGCACGGUGAUAAAGAGGAAGUACAAAAGAAGUUGAAGAACGUUCAAAAAGUUUUAAACUCUUUACCUAAAGGCGAAAAUCUGCUAAAAAAAACCAUUGAGUUGAGUGACGCCGUUUUAAAAACAACAGGAAAUGAAGGAAAAGAUAACAUCAACCAAGAAAUUAAACAAUUGAAAAUAGAGUGGGAGAAUCUACAACAGAUUUGUAAAGACACAAAGAAAUUACUUGAAAAAUGUCUCACUGCUUGGUCAGACUUCCUCGAGACUCUGGAUAAAAUGUCAAAGUGGGUUAAAGAAUUUGGCGAUAAACUAAACGCCGUGCAAAAAGUUGACAAGAUAACACCAGAAUAUCUGGAAAAAUGUCGUGAUUUACUUGCGGAAGCAUUAGCUAACAAACAUGUGCUAGAAGAACUUAAUGAUAGGUGUGAAAAUUUAAUGGAGUUAAGUGCUUGUUCCUGGGUUCGCGACAAGACAGUUAAUUUGCAGACUGAAUACACAAACCUUCUUACAAAGAUUCAGGGCUUAGUAUCUAAUGGUGAAAAGAAUCUUUCAGAUCACACAGAGUUUAUUAAAGCAAAAGAUGAAUUACAAAAAUGGCUGGAAACAGCUCAUGGAACAAUACAUGAUUCAGUUGGAGUAGGGGAUCUCGAUACGACUAAAGAUAAGUUAGAGACCGUUAAACUCGUGAGUAAUAGAAUGACAGAAGGUCAUCAUUUACUAGUUGUUUUGCAAGAAGCAUUUAAGAAGGCGCUCAACAACACUCCGACAGAGGAGCAAGAUGGCCUCAGAAAUGAUGUUAAGGUUUUACAAGAAAGCUGGGACCAACUAAAGAUUAACUUGAAUUCAAUAACAGCGCAACUCAAGGCCGCUAUUGGUAAAUGGGAAGACUUCGAAGAUUCCAAGAAUAAAUUCAAUCAAUGGAUCAAAGAUACUGAGCAAAAUCUGGAAAAAGUACCAAAAACCGGUGGUGAGUUGGGUGAAAUGAAAACUUUACUCGAAAAAUACAAACACAUCGAAGAUGAAAUUGAUAUAAAGGCUCCCGAACUAGAGCGAUUGAAGUGUGAAGCCGCUGAACUUAGCAGUUGGGCAAGAAAACCAGCUGUGAGAGCAUCGGUUGCAGAAAUAGAAAAGAAAUGUGAAGCUCUUAAAGCCAAAUGCGCUGCUAAGAAGGCAGAUAUCGAGUCUGAAAUUAAAAAUUAUAAUCAAUAUCAUCAAUCGCUCCAAGACACAGAAAAAUGGCUCCUUCAAAUAUCAUUCCAGCUCAUGGCUCACAACUCUUUGUAUAUAGCAAACAGAGAACAGACUGAAGAACAACUAGCGCAGCAUGCUGUGUUGUUGGACGAUAUUCAGAAGUAUCAAUCUACAUUAGACGAUUUAGAAGCUAAAGGACGAGCUCAGAUUGAACGUUACGAAGCUACGACGCCGUCUAUUCGUGAUACAGUUGGAAAGCAAUUGAAGAAUGUCAGCGACAGUCAUAAGAGUCUCUUGGCCACAGCGCUGCAAAUUGAAAAGCGUUUGCGAGAAGGUCUUGCCAAAUUCAAAGAGUAUGAAGACACGCUGGAAAGUAUAUUAAACAAUUUGGACGAAUGUGAACCAGCAAUCACCGAAUUGGAUGUUCCAGUGGAUGGUCUGUCACAUGGACGCGACCUACUUGAGAAGGCUAGGGGAUUGCACAACCGUCUGCAAACUGAGAAGGCCCGCCUCGGCGCGGCAGUGGCGGCUUGUACUGCUGCGGCAGCAUCCGUGUCUCGGCCAUCAUCGCCGGCUGACACCGCUCCACCGCCUAUACCACAGAACGAACUGCGCGUGCGAGCGAGAUUAGAAGACCUCAUUGACCAGGUACAAAGCCACUUAGAGGAGCUUAAAGACACUGUUAGUGGAAUGGAAGAGGCGAUGAAACAGGUCAUUGAAAUCCAAGAAUGGAUCAAUGUGCACAAGGCUCUAGCUAAUGAAUGGCUUUCCAACCCCUCGAAGCUACGUCCAGAAGCAGCGAAACAAGACAUGGGAGCCAUGAGUGAUGCCCUAUCUUCAAUAGCCGAAAAGAGAAAUAGACUACUGACAGAAAUACCAACUGAAGGAUUAGAAGAUGAAAUCGACUUAGAAGAAGAUUUAAAUGUAUUGGAAAAAACUAUUGCCCAAGCAAUAGAAAGAGAAAAGGCCAACCAAGCCAUAAUAGAUAACUUCCGACACAAAUGUCAAGAGUUACACGACUGGUUUGAUUCUGUUCUUAAGAAAAUGAGUUUAGCUGAUAAGGGAUCUGGCCUCCCUUGUCCUCAAAAGCUAAAUGCUAUUCAAGAGUUAUUUACGGAAUUUGGACAAAGUGGGAAAGAUAAAUUAGACACUAUUAAGGAUGUUGGAACAAAAGUUAUAAACAUUGUCAGUAAUCUUGAGUCUCAACAAGUAGAAGAACAAAUGAAAUCUGUAGAAAGAAGGUACAACGAUAUUUCCAAACGUAUUCAACGCAAAUUACAAAUGCUUGAAAUAACGCACAAAGCCAUCGAUGGAACAAAACAAGAGGUAGCCGCACAAAAUGAGUGGCUGCAAAAAGAAAUUGAUGCUAUUGUCCAUCCAGAGCCAUUAGGUUACGACAGUAAAUCCGCUAAAGAAAGACAAAAGAAAGCUGCUAACCUGUUGAAAGAAACUGAUGGCAAGAAAACGGUAAUAGAUUCAUUAGAAAAGAAAGUCAGUAACAUUCAAGGUGAGCUUGAACCAUCGGAGCAGAUGCAACUUGAAUCAGAAUUAGCUGAACUAGCUUCUAAACAAAAACAACUAGCAACUCUCAUAAAGCAAGAAAUCGACAGAUUAGGUGGUUGUGUCGAAGAUAGAAAGAAACUAGAAAAUGAUAUUGAAAAGGCUAAGAAGUGGCUGAAAACUAAAUCAGCUGAAAUUAAAAAAUUAGGAGGACCCAUUCCAUUAGAAAUAGCUAAAGUAGAAAAAGAAUUAGAAGUGUAUAAGCAACAUCAAAGCGAAUUGUCUUCAUUUAAUAACGACACACUUAAGGAAAUAAUGAGACGAGGUAAUACCGUGCUAAAAGAUUGUUCACCUGAGAACCGCACGAAAUUACAAUCUAUCCUUGAAGAUCUCAACAAAACGUAUACAGGAGCUAAAGUUGAUAUUGAUCAGAAAAUAGCCGCUCUUAACAAAGUAUUACAAGUCAGAAAUGAAUUUGAAGCAGAUGUUACAAAAUGCCAGAGCUGGCUUAAUGAAGCUGAAGUAGCUGCAUCACCUGAAUUGCGAACAACUAAUCUUCAACUUCUGGAAGAACAACUAGCCAAGUUUGACAAACUUAGCAAAGAAGCAGAUGAUAUUGAAAAGAUAAUAAAUAAAAUUAAAGACAAAUCAAAAGGUAUUAUUGAGACACUUUCUGAUUCAAACAAAUUACAACUCAAAGAGCAAGUAAAUGUUUUGUGUGACAGGUUUGCUAGAAUAAACGCCAUGAUUAACUAUAGAAAGAAUAUUUUAUUGAAACAUAUCAAAGACUACAAAGAUUCAUCAGCGAGAAUUGCAGCUGCUUUAGAAUUCUUGAAUGAAAUUCAAAACAAACUUAAAGCAUUGAAUAAACCGAUUGGAUGCAAAGUUGAAGAUGUUCAGCCGAUCAUUCAAGCUUACGAAACUAUAUUGGAAGAUCUCAAAAACAAUAAGAAAAUGCUCAAUGAGCUACAAGGUGGAAAUCUUCAUGACCUACAAGACAUUCUUACAAAACAAGACGAACUCGAGAGCACUAUUGAAGAUCAAAUAUCUAGAUUAAAACAACUUCUACUUCAACGUGAGCAGUUCUUCGCUCUCAUUAAGGAAAUCCAAGAUUUCCUUUCAAAACAUACCGAUCUGGUAUCGGACAUCGAAAAGUCUAACGAUUCUAUUGAGGACAAGAUCAAACGGUACGACGACCUGAUCGUAAAGAUUCAAGGAUGCGAAGGCUUACUAGCCACAGCGACAGACAAAGGUCAACAAAUCGCAGCCGAAGGAACGGUCAUAGACAGAAAUAACGUUACAGAAUUACUGCAAUCUCUGAAACAACAGCUGCUAUCACUAAGAAGGACUGUUGAAUCGAAACGCCAAGAACACGAAAAAGCAGCGGCCGAACAUAAAAAGCUUGCUUCAGAUUUAUCAGACAUACUGCAAUGGCUUCACGAUAACGAAGCUGCUGUUAAUUCACGCCCUCUCUUGAACAGGGACGUGGCCAGCGUCGACAAAAAACUCAUCGAACACGCUACAUUAGCCAAAAACGUGCAAUCCUAUUUGGACAAACUUACAAAGAUCACGGAUGCAAUUAGGAACGAUGACGGUGUUCCUGGAAGCCUAUUGGAGAUGGUUUCGGAAGCCAAUUCUUUAAAAACGUCCUUGCCCGCCGAAUUAGUAAAUAGAGAAAAGCAUUUACAAGACAAUAAGAAGUAUAGGCAGCAGUACGCCCAAAUGGUCGAAAAGUUGAAUAUCUGGGUUAACGAGGCCAACAUAAGACUGGGUAUGGGCAAGAACGGCACCGACUUCGAAAACAUCGAGGCCGAUAUCGAGGAACAUAAGACAUUCUUCAACACCUCCGAGCCCGAGAUGAAGGACUUGGUCGGGAAACGUAUGCAGGAUAUCGUCGAUAAGAUUUGGCCAUCGCUCACUUCAUCUGAGCAAGAGGAGCUGUCCAAGGAACACCAGAAACAUAAUCAACUUCUGAAGAAUACUCUCAACUCGGCGAAGUCCCGUCAAGCCCAAUUGGAGCAGGACCUAGAAAUCUGGAAGGACUUCUGCCAGCUCGUGGAGAAGAUAAAGGCGAUUCUUCAGAAGAACACCAUCGAAGACGAACCGAUGACGACUGUGGAGGCGCUGAGGAUGCACGUUGAGAAGCUCAACCACGCCAAGAAUGAUUUGGAGAGUCAGCAGCCGCUCCUCGACGUGGUCCGGGAGCGGGCGCGAGAGCUCAGCAGCGGCGCGGACGCGGCCAGCGGCGAGCGCGUCGAACACAAGACCAGGGACCUCGCUGACACCUGGAACGUUGCCUGUGAAGGUCUAGCGAAGCGCGCUGCGACAGCGGACAGUCAGCUGCACCGCUGGACGCAGCUGCUGGACACGCAGCGGGGACUGGCGUCGGCCGUCACCGCCGCCGCCGACCGCCUGCGACAGCUGGACGCCGCGCCCGCUACGCGCCGCCGCGCCGUAGAUACCAGGCACGCGCUGCAGGAGCUACAGAGUGACGUGUCGAGUUUGGAGGAGAGCAGGGAUGAUCUACUGGAGCACGCAGAGUUCGUAGUGUCGCUACUGAAGCCGCACUCCAAGCAGGCGGCUGAAGAAACCCACAAGAAUGUCAAGGAGGUCGUCGACGCUUAUGAGAAAUUGCGACAAACGAUAGCGGCGAGACUCGCGGAGAUCGACGAGAUCGUGUCGGACUUCGAUCGCGUAUCCGAGAAGAUAGAGCAACUCCGACAGCAGAUAGAGGUCUACGUCGCUAAAGUCGGGACGUUCUACGUUUUCGGGGACGACGACACCGAGGGUAUAGACGGAUUGGCUAAGGAAGUUUUGAGCUUGGUGGAUCAGACGAAAGCUUUCGUGGACGAGAGCAGGAGGAGAUACGGUGGCUCCGCGCCCGCUGACGUGGCGCAGGAGCUUUCGUCCCUAGAAUUAUCGUCGGAAUCAUUAGCCGCAGCCAUGGAAGAAAAAGAAAGGGAAUGGAAGCGUGCCCGGACCUCGCGGACCGAUUACGCGACGGACGUGGACAGUGUACAGGCGUGGAUACGCGCCGCCGAGUCGCUAGCGAGAGAUCGCACUCUCUCGCCGGAACCCUAUAAAGAGAGACUGGUGGCGACGCGAUCGGAAGUACCGCAUGUCGCGGAUCAGGUCGAACGUCUCACGCGAAAUGCCCGCGCGAUAGUCGAAGGUAGCCGCGACCCUACUGAGCGGCAACUCAUACAGUCGACGGUGUCAGCGUUGACGGAACAGUUCGCGGCCAUCUGCAGCGAACUCGAAGCCAGACAAGCUGCCGUCGAAGAUGCGUGCGAUGCCGUAGCCAGAUUCCUUGCUCUGCUAGAGAAAGUUUUGCUAUGGGUGGAGACCCAGCGUGCGUUCCUCGCACGACCGCUCCCGUUGGCUGACUUGCAGGAAGUUCAACAAAAACAAACCGAAUACGGGAACGCACUUAAAAGUUGCAAGCAGCAAUCUAAAAAUCUAGCCGAUAUGGCGAAGGAAUUGGAAGCUAUUGAACGAGUGACUAGUCCGGGCGAUCUACCGUCCAGGCUGGAAGCGGCCGAAAACGCCACAGUAGACGUAGAGAAGAAAUUAGCUAAAACGAAUGGAUUACUUCAAGAGCUGGCCGAGGAGUGGGAGAGGUGUGAAAAGAAAUUAAAAGACGUCGGACACUGGUUGGAGGGUACCACGAGAACUUUGGAAACUUCGCAAAUCGCGAAAAAGCCUCUCAGAGACAGACUGGCCCUCAGAGAGAAGUUACUCAAUGAUAUCUCAACUCAGAAAACAAAAAUAUCAUACGCAGUCGAAAAACUUCAUGUACACUUCGGACCCGACGGCGUAGCGGCCCAGUCGCGUUUCCCCGAGGGUGUGCAGCGAGCAGCUAACGAGCUGACCGCGGCGCUGGAGGCGACGGGCGGGCGCGCCGCGGCGCAGGCGCAGCAGCUGGCCGCGGCCCUGGCGCAGGUGGACGCCUACUGCGCCGACAUCGCGCGCCUGCGCACCCGCCUGCUCGACGCCGAGCAGCAGCUGCGCCAGGCCGUGCAGCCCAACUACAGCCCCCGGGACCCCGAGCGGGCGCAGCGGCAGCAGCAGGAUAACAUUUCUAAUGAGCUUGAAACCCUGUUGGACGAAGUAAAGAUAGUUCAAGCUAAUCUGACGGAUCUGCCGAAUGAAAGCUUGCAAGCCAUGGAGCGCGGACUCGAGGAGGGUAUAUCUAUUCUAGUCAAAUGCGAAGAAGCAGCAAUACUUUUGGAGCAAAAAAUUAUGGAAUAUCGUCAAGAAACUGAAAUUCAAGCACUGAUCAAAGAACUAGUUGUAAUUAAAACAAGAAUUACAAAACUUUUGUUACAAGCUAGACAAGGAAUCGCAGUUAUUCAGGAGGCCAAAUCAGAUAUGGAAAAGCAAAAAGAACAAAUUGAAAAAGAGACACAGAAAGUUGCCAAAUUAGAUCACUGGCUCGAAACUAUUAAUAAUGAUCUAAAUGAAACUGCUAAACAAUCAAACGCAUUAACUGAAGAAGAUAUUGUAAAGUAUAUUACAAUAUAUGAACGAUACUUAAUAGAAUACAAUGAGUAUGAAAUUAUUUUAAAAUCAAUAACUGUGAUAAACUGUGAUGAUUCUAGUCAGUUAGAAAAGAAGUUAAUCAUGACAAGAGACACAUUAGAAGAAACAAAGCAUCUAGUCAUUUCAGAAUUAGAAAGGCUAAAACAACUAUUGACACAGAUAAAAUCAGGUACUGAAACCAUUGAAGAAGAGCUAUCGCAAAGCGAUCGUACUAUUGACUCUACGUCAAUGCCUGAAGAAAUAGUUUCACCAAGAGAAAUUGAAAAGGUUUCUGAAGAAAUAAAACCUGACCAAGAAACGACUACAAAAGAAAAAGAGGAGAAAGAAAUCGCACAGUCUCAUAAAAUACUAGAAGAAACAACUAGUCAUAAUUUACAAACGGUCAAUAUUGAAACACAGACGGGAAAAAGUCUCGCCACUGACUCAAUUUCUAUUGCUGAUAAAUCUAUUAUGUGUCAGCCAAAUGUGAUUGAUACUCAGAAUGUCGCAACAUCUUGUAUUCCACUGCAAGACGUAGAAAUACAAACAAGUGAAAAUUCACAAAACAAACAUACAAAUUUAUUGGAAAAUUUACAAAUCCGUCAAACAAAUACAGAAAACGAGCAAACAAUUGAAAUUUCUAACAAACCGAUUCCUAGCAGAAGCCAAAUUCUUGACGAAAAUAUGGUCGUUGUAAAUGCUGACUAUAAAGAUGGUGACAACUACAAAACAUCUCAACUUGACAUUUCUCAUACUAUACCUCAAUCUUUUGAAACAAUAAUGGUAGAACCCGAUGAAACUACUACAGAAGUUGUGGUAGAUGCUGAUGGCACCAAGAGAAUCAUUGUCAAAAAAAUAAAGAGAUCUAUGGUAACUAGGCAACAUUUGGUUUAUUCUCAAAAUGAACCAAUUUUCUUUGAUACUCAAAAUCCUAGUCAGCAAUUUUCGCAAAUAACUUUAGCGAGCGAUAAAGGUAUAGUAUCAGAUGCAGAUGCUAAUACCAAACAGAUUCAAUAUGAAUCGUACGGAAGCCAUAUUAUUUCCGGUGUACCUGACAGCGAGGUAAUUAUUCAAGAAGUUACAUCUAAACCAGAUACAAUAAUUUCGUUAGAAAAAGAUCUGAAACCUGAUGAAAUAUUUAAAAUAGCAGAAGGCCAAAUGCAACCAGUUAUUGAAACAUCUUCUUCAAGUGUUACAGCAGUAGUACAACAAGUAACUAAGAGAAUUGUUAAAACUAAGAGAAGAAUUAUACGACGUGUUAUAAUUGUUGACGGAAAAGAGCAAGUAAGUGAAGAAAUUGUUGAAGAACCCGAUGAUAUCGAAAUAACAGAAGAACAAAUACCUCGUGUAUCUAUUACUGUAAGAGAUGAUAAAACAAAACAAGAUUUAGAAUCAACACACAAUGAUGAUAAUAAUGCUAAAAUCCUAUCUGUGAAUACACCGAAAGUUGAAACAUCACAUACAGACGAUGAAAAUAAAUCGAGCACGAUAGUCCAGCAACAAGAAAAUAUUGUUCAUGACAGUCAGAAAACCGAACAUAAUUCAGAAAAAAAAUCUACUGUCAUAGAAAGCCAGUUUGAUGCAGAUAUGAUUAUUACACCAAAAGAGGUAGCACUAACUCAAAUUAGAAGUAGUAUACACGAUACAGACACCUCUCAUUUGGCUGAACUCUCAAAACAUGCGAUUGAGAAUUUGUCUAGCUUCGAUAAUGGAACAAAUAUUCAAGCAAAGGUCGUGUCAUCAAAAAGACAAGUUAUAAGACAUGUCAAAAUUAUAGAUGGGAAAGAACAUGUGACUGAAGAAAUCAUAGAUCAACCAAGUACUACAGAAAUAUUAGAAGUGCCAAUGUUGGCUUUGGAAAGUAAAUCUGAAAUUGAUCUUACGAAACUGCCACUAACUUCCACAGCGCCGUUUCAAGUAUCUACUGAAUACCAAAGACAAAGUAUACCAGAGUCUUUUAAAACUUCAAAUGUUACGGAUAUUGUGGAUAAUUUCCUGGCAUCAGAAAGAGUAGUAGGGGACAGUGAUAAUAAAUCUCCAAAAGAAAUUUCAGGUUUUGAUUUAACAUCAAACCUAGAUAGAAAACAAGUAGAAUUUAUCGGUGCUGAUACAACUCAUAUUCAACAAAUGACAAGAACGACAUCACGAACAAGAAAGCGAAUAAUACAACAUAUUAACAUAGUGGAUGGUAAGGAACAUAUCACUGAAGAAGUGAUCGAAGAACCUGAAGAAAUUGAAGUGAUAAAGGAAGAUCCAGUAAUAACUCAAUCGACUGCCAGCCAAUUCAGUACAGAUGAUUAUCAAGGCAAACGCUUAAAAGUUAUACGACAAAUAAAAGUAAUAGAUGGCAAAGAACACGUUACGGAAAAGGUUAUAGACGAAACAGGGGAUGAACCUAUAAUACUCACGAGUGUUGGUGAUAAGAUUGAAGAAACGGGAAACACAGAGCGAUCAAUAUAUACAGAUGAAACAGACUCCCCUAAAAUUGAAAUUGCAGAUGAAUAUACUGUUCAAGGUUUAGAAACUUUACCUGUCGUACUAAGCCAGUUAGAAAAAUCUAAUGUACAAUUUAUUGACACAAAUAUUCUUACUAGUCAAAAAGUUACGAGAAAAAUUACAACAACAAAAAGACGUAUUGUGAAACAUAUAACAAUUGUUGAUGGAAAAGAACGUGUAACUGAAGAAGUUAUUGAAGAACCAGAUAGUGUAGAAAUUGUUGAAGUGCCAUCUGAAAAAGAAAAUAUGAAAGUAAAACGAGUAAGAGUCGUACGCCAAGUCGAAAUAAUUGAUGGUAAAGAGCAAGUUACAGAAAAAGUUGUGGAGGAAUCUGAUGACGAUGCAAGUCCAUGUCAAGUAUCUAUUCAUUCAAUUGAAAACGUCGAGAAAGAUAUCACAAGUAUGGAUCAUGCUAAGAAUGAAAACAUUUAUACAAAUAAACAAAUAACUAAAAAUGUUGAAACAAAAGAGAAUAAUAAAGCCACAGAAAAAAUGGCAUCAAAGGUAGGUUUUGAUGAUAUAAAAGAAGCAACAGUAAUUUCUGAUAUGAGUAUGUCUGAUUAUAUUAAAAAAACGAAUGUUGAUUCUAACGUUGAUAAUAGAGACAAUGUUGCUUAUCCAGAAAAAAAUAGAUCAGAUUCAAGUACGGUGUCAUCUGAGACCUCAACUAAGAAGGAUAAACGCUCUAAAAAAGCCAAGAAAACUGCAGAAAAACGCGUGGAAUUUAUUGACCAUAAUAUAGCUAAAACCGUAUCUAAGGAUACAAUUAUUGAUGAUACCAUAAAACCAGAUAUUUUGCUAGAAGCUGAACCAUCUAACCUUAUUACAGAAAGUAACGAAAUGCUAGAAAAACCAAAAGAUGAAAAUGUAACACAGCAUCCAAUAAAAUUACCUGAAUUACAUGCUGAUGAAUUGCAAGAAUCUGUUGUUUCUACAAAACCUGUAAUAGCAUCUGAUGUUUUUACAACAGAAAGCAGAACAGAAGAUCCUAAAAUAAAUAAAUCAGAAACGAAAGUUAACAAAGAAGAUAAAAAUAUUAUUUUAAGUUUCAUUGAUAAUGAAAAGGCGCAUUCUGAAACUUUAAUACUUCAGUCACCCUCAAAACUUAUUCCUAUGGAAAAAUACACACAAUCGGAAAUAAAGCCGACCAUUCAAACAAAGGAAGAUAAAGCAGAAGAUCAUUCAGAUAAAAUCGAACAGAUUGUAAAACCUGAGACAGCAAUCGAUGAUUCUGUAUGUACUGAAGCAGAAAAAUUGAAUAUCAUUAACACAUCUGAAGUAUCCAGCAACAUUUCAGCUUUGAUAAGCCUUCACACUGAAAAAUCACAUGAGAAAGAAACUGAAAACAAAGACUUGUCCAAACACGAGGAAGAUUUAAAUAAUGUUAAUAAAGAUAUUGUAGAAGAUGUACCUAGUACAAAUGAACCUGAAAAUGAAGUAACCAAUUUAGAUCAGAAAAUUCCUUUAGGAAUUGAUGAAACUUUGCAUGUCACAGGCACAUCAGAUUUAGUAUUGAAGACUAACAUUACAGAAAAUAUAAUUAUUGAAGGUGAUGUAUUUAGAAAAACGGCGAAUAUUGAUCCAAAUUUAAAACAAGAUACACAAACGCUUUUAGAAAUGGAAAGGCAAAAUACAAAUCCUCAUACGUCAGAAAAAUUAAACGAUAGUGUUAUGAAAUGCCAAACUGUUGAUAUUUCUAUGUCGCUAGCGAAAGCCAAUGAAAAUGUAGAACCAAAGGUCCAAAUAGAUUUAAAGAUUGAAGACGUUGGUGAUCAAAAGCCCGUUAUAGUAAAAAAAGACAUAAAUAUUGAUCUUCCCGUUAGUGUUAAAGUGUUUGAAACUAAAUCUGAGAGUGAUAAUUUACCAAAAGACUCAAAGCAAGAGUACACUUUUGAUGAUUCUAGUCAUAAGAAAACUAAAAAACGAAAGAAAAAUAAGAAAAAUAAAGAUGAAAGCCUGAGCAGCAACUCUCAAAUAGAACCAACUGUGCAAUCAACAGCUGAUAACACAUUUGUAGAUUCAGAUAGUUCAUCUCUAAGUCACUAUGUUGAAUUACCAACUCCAACGCCGGAGGACUCUUCAAAGCCAAAAGGUGAUGUUACGGUUGAACCAAUCCUAGAAGACUCAACACAAGAAGAUUCACUAUCAUUAGAAUCUAAACCACGUGAAACUGAAAAAGGGUAUGAAGCAGAUGAUACUUCCAUUGAUGUUGAGGUUCUACCCAUAGAUAAGAAAGGCAAACACAAAAAACGGAAACCUCACGGUGAAAGCGAAGAUACUGCGUAUCCCAAAACAACGACAUCAGAAAGUGAAACAAGUAAAUCUCCCGUUGAUAUAAAAGAACCACAAAAUAAAGACAAAAAAUCGAAAAAAGGAAGGAAAAAGCACCUUCCUGAAGACCAAAUCAAACAACACGAAAGCACUAAAAAUGUUACGUCACCCAAAGAUGAGUCAUGUCAUACUUUCAGUGAUACAUCUGAAGUAAACACGGUCAAAAUUGUCGAGGAGUGUGUUAACAGCAGUCCGGAAAUUAUAGCCAAGGAUAUUACUGCUACUCUAACAUAUCCUGUUCCAGUUUUAGAAGAAGUUCAAAUACAAGAGCUUUCUUCUCAAACAUCCCCAGACUUAAUUGAAUCUAAAAAUAAGGAAAACGAUACCAACACCUACGUGAAAUUAGUUGAUUCAGAACUGCAGACAUCACCGACUCCUACUAAAGAGACCUUAAGCCAAACUUUGCCAAUCGAUGAUAAAGAAAAUAGUACACAAACGUCUGAAGAUUUCACUGUUAUCCAGACUAGAGAAUUAUUAAACUCUGAAGUUCAAACAAGCAGAAUUCAAACACCGGAUCCUAUUGUUACAUCUGAAGUGAUGACUCAGAUAGAAUCUAAAGAUAUUAUUCCGUAUGAUGACAAAUUUUCACAAACUGCUACAACUAAAGAUUUUGAAUCUGAAGUCAGAGAAACUCAAACAUCGCCAAUCUCAAAUGUAACUUAUGAUGAGAAAUAUACUGAAAUAAUUAUACCAACGGCUGAUAGUGGCACAGAAACUGAAAGACAUGAAAAUGUUGAUCAGCAAACUACAACAUCGCCUAGUGAAAUUGAAAUAACGGAAAUAAGUGUUCAAACGAAUCAUAUUCCCCUCGUAAGUACACACACUCAGUCAGAGGCAGUUGAAGAAAAUAUAGUCCCAUCUCCACUAACAAAUUCCCAAAUUCAAGAAAUUAUCAUUGCCGAACGAUCUCAGCAAACGUCACCAAUAGAAAGUUCUGUAAGUGACAUACAAAUUGAAUCAGCAAAAAUGAUUGAUAGUGAACAACAAACAACACCUAGAAAAGAUACAUCGCAUAAUGUAAAUGAAAACAGAACUAAAGAAAAUGUUACUCUUGUAAGUAAUACACAGCAGACAUCCCCAAGAUUGCUUCAACAAAAUGAAAAUACUUUAGAAUUUAUAAAACACAAUAUUGACCAAAAUCAGCAAACAUCACCUCGAGAACUAUACGAAGAGACGACAUCAACUUCUACGGAUGAACCAUAUGAAGUACAACUACGUGCUCAAAUAUCUAUCCCCCAAGCAUCGAUUGACUUUAUUAAAAAUGAACGUGAAUCAGAAGAAUUAUCGGAUUCUAUAAUAGGUGACUCGCACAAACAAAAAAGACGAAGACAGAAGAAAAAGGCUGAAUCGCCGCUUAAGUCACCUGGAAGUCUUUCAGAUCCUCUUAAUACUGAACUUUCACUUUCUGCUUCGCCAACAAGUGAUGAUUUAUCAAGUAAAGAUAUUUCUUCCAUAGAUGAAGGCAUCUCUCAACAUGCUAGUCCUAUUUCGCAUAGUCACCAUGAUGAUAAAAAUCUUGCAUUAGCAAAACUUUCCUAUUCUGACGUAGUCCAAAGAUCUAAAUCUAAAUCUCCCUCCCCUAGUAAAACUAUUUUAACUCCAAAAUCUGGGAAGGCUAAACUUUUAGACGCUUUAGAAAAAAGAACAAAGUCAACUAUACAAACCCCUAACAUUUCUGACGAUACAAUGACAGUUGCCCUUUUUGAACCAUCAGUAGAGAAAUCGUAUGAUCUCAUAAUAAACAAAGAAUUAGACGUGGUGAAAAAUGCACUCAAAACUAAUGAUUCUACUCAAGUGGAAUCGAGUGUCAUUGUUAUCAUCGAAACUAUUUCGAUUUGGCUAGAAGAAAUUCAAUGUAAAAUUCAAACAAACACCUUAUCUGGUAUAAGAACUCAAGAUGAAUCGGUAAGAAUCAAAACAUUAGAAACCUAUAUCAAAAAUCUAAAAGAAAUUAUCACUGUAACUGAAAUAAGAACGGAAAUAAGAGAAGAAAUUAUAACUUUGAUUGAGACAUUAACACGCCAGGUAUACGCUGUAAAUAACUUAAGUAAUCAAAGUAAUGAAAAAGUUCAAGAAAUAGAAAACAACUGGAAUAAAUUUAUAUCCGACAUAGAUAGACUGUACAACUCUAUUCAUAACGUUAAAUCUUCUUUAGAUAAUUUAAUUAUGACAGAAACAACAACGCAGCAAAAAUUAGAAUACUUGGAUAAAAUUGAGACUGAAAAUGUUGAGAAUAUGGUCAUGGUUAAAAAAAUGUUUAAUAUUUAUAAAAAUAUACUUGAAAGUAACCAUAAAAAGGAUUGUCCAACACGUUUAUAUACCUGUGAUGAUUGUAGCCGUCAAAUUGAAAACUCGAUUAACACUGAAAGGGAUCGCCUUUUACAACUUGCGUCAUUAGCAGAAGAAUACGAACAAACGUUGCAAGAUUUUGGACAAAUCACUGAUGUGGCUGAAGCACUGUUAGAUGGUAAAAUCAUAAUAUCAAAUCUGGAUCAUCUCCAUGAAGAAAUCCAGAAGCAUAGAAAAUUUUUUGUAAAUCUGAGUCACUGUAGAGCUAUUUUGGAGUCUUUAGAAGACAAUUUAGAUAGUGAGACACGAGCCAAAUAUUCAUCUCUUCAUCAUUCACUUCACGAUAGAGCAACAGCAAUUAUCGACAGAGCAGCAAGCCGAGCACAGCAAAUGACAUUAGCCGCAUCAAGGUGGAGAUUAUUAGAUCAAAGUAUGAAAGAAGAACAGCAAUGGUUGAGGGUAGCUCAACAAAGAAUCCCUGAUGCUACCAACGUUACUUCAAUGGACUAUGAACAAUAUAUAAACUUGUACCAAUCUAUAAGUCUUGAUGUGUCUCAACAUUAUGCUAAGAUGUUACGCCUCAUUUCAAUAACAGAGGGUCUUCAAGGCCUCGUCACAUGUUCUGGCUUAGAGACCGAUUGUUCUUUAGCACUAGACACUUUACUUAAACUUCAAGAAGAGGUCGAUUCUAGCCUAACGCGCUUGAUAGCAUUUAAAGAAAAUUGGUCCGCUUACGACCAUCUCGUCGAUAGAAUCGAAGGUUGGAUAAAAUUAGGUAACCGGGAAUUAGAAACUAUUACCCCUGAAAAUAUCACCACAACAGCUAACCUUCGUCGAUUCUGGGAAUUGAAGGCUCAACAUGAGGUUCAUAAUAAUUUAAAAACAGAAUCUGGCGUGCAAUUUGAGAAGGCCUUAGAAAUUUUACCAAUAUCCGACGAGAUGGUGCAGCGUCAGUUCUUCUCUAAUAUUGAAGAUAAAUGGAGGGCUCUGUCGCACCGAAUAGGCGAUUUACACGCAGCUGCUAUACAGAAUAUUUCGGAUAGAGGCGUAUCCACAGGUGAAAAACUAUAUAUACUAGAAGACGAAAUAAGAGAGCUUCGCUCAGUUUUAGAUAGCCUCAAAGGAGUCAUAAAAAGCGACGACGAACUUAAUUUAUACAUAGAGAGACUGCAAGUCAUGAGCGGUCGUAUCGACAGAAUUCAGAAUGAAUUAGGUAGAUUAAGUUUGUUACCGACUGCAGAGUCCGAACGAUUGGGCGCUCUCUUGACGCAAUCUGGAAUGUUGAGCGACCAGUUUGAUGAGGAACUGGAAAGGAGCUUACUACUUAAGGAAAAAAUAUUACAAGUCAAAGCCGGUAUAGCCAGGUGCCAGAAGAGCCAGCGACGAGCAAAAUUAACAUUGGAAGAAUGUGAAGCCGGAGAACGUCUGGGAAGCGACGUAGUCGAGAGAGCCUCGCAGACCUGCGAUAAACUCGUGGAAGACUUGUCGCUGCAAUGGAAGGACAUCCUCGCUUUGAGACAAGCGCUACAUACGCUUCCGACUAGCCUUCGAGUCAGCGUAUCGCCUUUGAGCGUCGAAAGAGACAUAUCUGCUUUACAGGAAACCCACUCGGAACUCGAAAGCGCAUGCACCGAUCUCAGCGUGCGCCUUCGUGCUAGACUUCAGCUCUGGAGAAGGUUCGAGAGGCAGCUGGAACUAGUGCAGGGUGCAGUGAGGGAGGCCGACUACAUGGUCGAGCUACUAACUGUGCAAGGGCAGGUCGACUACGACCGGCUCCUGAAAGCAACCGAAAAGCUAGAGACCCUGAGUGAAUCGCUGACCCGUCGUAAUGGAGAGUUGGUGGGUUCGCUACGUUCGGCGGCGGAGCCCCUGCAGGCGAGCUGCGAGGCGUCGGUAGCGGCGCAGCUGCAGCGCGAGCUGGACGACGCGGCCGCCACGUACGAGCACACCUGCGCUAACCUAACUACAUUGUGCGACAAAUACCAGAAGGCGGUGGAGCUGUGGAAGCGGUACCGAGACGCGGCGGCCGUCGUGCGCGCGUUCGCCGAGCAGCAGGAGGGCAGCCUGCACGCGCUCCGACCCGACGACGCGCCCGCCACCGCUCAGGCGUGCUUGGAGCAGGAAACGAGAGUAGCGGAGCUGCGGUCGCUCGCGGCCCGUGUUGCGGCCGAGACCGGCUCGCGCGCGCUGCAGACCGACGCCGACGCACUGGCCAGGAGGUUGCAGCUGGUGGCUGGAGCUGUGCAGGCCCUGGCGGACCUGGGUGAAGCCAGACAGCUGGCCAGGGCCAAGGCCCAGCACGCCAAAGAAAAGUUCUGCGACAUGCGCCAGGAUCUUACACCGGUUCACGAAGAAGGGGAAAUCGUAGAAGAUAAACUUAUCGCGUUGCGGGAUAACCUAAUAGCUCUCGGCAAGAGCGAGGCCGAUAUAGCACCCGCUAAAGCAGAACUUCCAGAUAUCGACAGGGAUGUGUCAGACGAGCACUCCAUCGUGAGAAUACUAGAGUUAUGGCAGGCGAUGUUCAGAGACACGUUCUUACACUACCAUCGACUAUCCACCGCCCUCGUCCGAUCGGGCGACGCGGUUACGGCUCUCAAGUUGUGGCACGAGUAUCUGCUAGACCUUCAAUCUUUCUUGUCGGGUUCUGUGCCAGCCGACUAUGAAAACCUCACUGAGCAUCGUCGACUUUGUCGCGUUCAUCGCAAUCUCCUAGCGUCUCAACGAUCCGUCCUAAUUAAUGAGAACAAGGAGUCGAAGAAUCAAAAUCUCACAGACAAGUUUGACACCCUGACGAAUCUACACAAUGAAACUUUAGCUAGGAUCGUCGAGAGACACGACGAAGUUUGCACUCGUAUUGCAACCUGGGACGACUACAGAAGUGUGUACACGGAAAUACUGCAAUGGUUGAAGGAAAUAGAACGAGAAAAGGAAAAAUUACAGCUAAGAUACGUUCAUAUUAAGAGGAUACACAAAACUCUGAAUAAGAUACAGAAUCUCUCUGAUAAAUUACCCGAAGGUCGUAAACGUUUAGAAAAACUCUUCAGUAAUCUUAAAAAGGUACUCAUAUUCACCGAAGAAACAUACGGCGCCUCGGUGAGAAUGGAAUAUGCUGGCAUUGUGAAGAGAGUAGAAAACUUACAGGCCAGCUUAGACACGUGGCGAGACUUCCUCACUCGAAUACUUGGUCUCAUAGGAGAGUACGACAAUUUAACUAGCGAUCUACAGAAACUCUAUAACAAAUCACAACUUGACAUUUCAAACUAUUCCGAUGAUGAACGGUUAUCGAGGCCGCAAUUAAAGAAAGCGCUGGAUCGGUACACAGAAUUGAGAGCGAAGAUCAAUAAAACUGAGACCCGUUUAGAAGGUCUCAGCGUUAUCCAAGAACAAUUAAAAGAAUGUCUCAGUCCCCAAGACAUAAGAAUAGUCAAUCAGAAGGUAUGGCAGUUGCGUCAGCAGCAGGCAGACUUGGAACAUCAACUUUCUAUAAUAAUCCAUAAAAUCCAGGAACGACUAGAAAUAUACUCAAUAUUCGACACUCGACUGACACGAUUCACGGAAUGGAUCACUAAGCACGAGACCCGCCUCGAAAAUUGUUCAUCCUCUGGUGAGGUUGCCCUGGAUCCACAGGACUUACUAAGAAGAAUAAACUCGGAUAUCCAGGCAGAAACAUCGCUUAAGGAAAGAGAAUUCGAAUGGCUCACUCGAACGGGUAGUGUUCUAAUAGAUUUGUCUAAAAAGGAUGAAAAGUCAUAUAGCAAAAAUAUAUCAAAACAAUUGAAAGACGUGCAGGAAAGAUGGCAUAAAUUGCAAGACACGGGACGUAGUAGAGUAACCAAAAUUAAUGAAUUACUCGAAACCAUCGUUAAGCUUGAAGAAACGUUAACAGAAAUAAGGUUAAAACUACAUACAAUAGAAUCUCAGUUGUCGACAGCGGUCGUUUUGGAGCAACUAACGACAAAGGCCGUUGACUCCAAAUUCCAAGCGCGAGAUGAAAUUCACAAAUGCAUAGAGGACGAAAGUGAGGUGGUGGGCAAGAAUCUUAACCUUUGUGAACUCGUGUUGAACGAUCCCGAUGUGGUUAAAGGCAACUUUGACCUGAGGAACUUACACACAGGAGUCGAUAUCGUCGAUAAGAAAUGGAAAAACAUCUGCGAUAUGUCCGAACAUCGCAAAAAUACACUUAAGGAAAUACGCAAAUCGGCCGAGCUCGCCAACUCGCUCCUACCGAAAGUCGAGAAGAAACUCGAUUCUAUCGAGAAGAGGGUGGAGAAAAUCGAAACCCGAAAACAAAGAGGCGAGACCGAGGACGAGACCGUAUCCAAAGCGGUGACCAAGGACUUGGACAACUUGGACGGUGACAUAAAAAGACUGGAGGACGCGUACAGCCGUAUAGCUAGUGCGAGAGGAGUGGAGUUGCGAGGGGCGGCAGCGGACGACGCAGCCAGGCUGAGAGGGGCAGUUCGCAAGCACCACCAACUGAAGGGAAGAGUGGACGCGACUGGCGCCGACGCGCACCGCCGGUUCAUCGCCGCACACGGCAAAGCGGUCGUCGCGCUGGCUGAGGCGGAUGUGAGACUCACCAGAGCUCUCCAUCUUGCGCCCAUGCCUCUCGACAAAGUCGCAACUCUUAAGGAGCUAGACGGCGUGGAGCGAGACCUGGCGGAGUGCGACGCUCUAGUGCAGGAGGCGGAGCGUCUGGCGGGCGGGGCGGCGGCGGCGGGCGGCGCGGUGGCGGACAUGCGCGCCGAGUACCGCGCGCUGUACGCGGACGUGCGCACGCGGCUGGGCGUCGCGCGCGCUGACGUCGUCGGCGAUGUCGAUACCGCUGUGCAGGUGGAUACGUUGAGGUGGGAGACCGACGCUGAGCUCCAAGUUGACACCCUAACAUCUAAGGAAACCUACCGAGUCGAACUGACGACCGCCGUUCAAGAGACGUCCGAGGCCCUCGAAGCUCUAAGAACUAUUUUGGCCUAUGAAAUCAAGGAUAACACUAGCGGGGACGAGUUGGCAACGGCGGCGAAGGAGGUAGCCAAAGCCGGCGUCAAACCGGGACAGACCUUGGAACUGGCGAAACAUCUAUCCGAACUCCUCUUGACCGAGUGCGAUGCGACGGAGGACGAGGCCAUGUUGAAAGAAGUCGAAUCGCUCUCCCUCCGGUACGAGGAACUGUUGAACCAAGCCAAGAAACGUGAGCUGCAAAUCAACAACUUGAGGUUACCACAUUCCGCGUCGUACGCUCUUACGUGCGAACAUGAAUCGGGCAAGAUAACGUGUCCGCUGUGCUCGGACCGCAACUGGAAGCAGCUGGACAACGACCUGUGGCGGCUGGAGCAAUGGCUGCAGUACGCCGAGGCCACGGACGAGGCGCGCACCGACCCGCCCGAAGAUUAUGACGCUCUAGAAGACGCUAUUACGGACCAUCGUGAGUUCCUGCUAGAUCUGGACUCGCACAAGUCACUUGUGGUGUCGUUGAACGUGGUCGGCUCGCACGUGACGCGUCACGCGCGCGACGCGGACGCGGCGGCGCGGGCGCAGGCGCGACUGACAGCGGCCAACGCGCGCUGGGACGCCGCGUGCGCGCGCGCCGGCGCCUGGCAGACGCGCCUACAGGAGGCGCUAGUCCACAGCCGGCAAUUCCAUGACGCUGUAGUGGCUCUAGUCGCGCAGUUGGCGUCAGCUGAGAGACUGGUCCGAGCCCGCGAGCCGCUGCGCCUGGCCCGGCCGGCCGCCGACUUGCGCCGCGACUUCCGCCGCUUCAGCGAGCUGCGCGACGAGCUUAGCCGCGCCGAGCCCCGCGUGCUCGCGCUGAGGGACGCCGCGCACCUGCUGCGCGCCACUGAUGAACACGAUCUGUACACUAGGCUCGGCGAGCUGCGUCUGCGGCUGCAGUCACUACGCAAGCUGUCAGCGGUAUACGCAUUGAAGCUGGGUGCGGCGCUCGCGCGCGCCCCGCCCGACUGCCGCCCCGCCUCCGCGCUCGCCGCCGUCGCCGCCGCCGCCGCGCCGCAGUUAAUGGAGGAGGAGGAGGAACAGAUCUCCACCAUGAAUCUGCCACCGCUUGACGAGAAUGACGUGAUGCCGGACGACAGUGAGGAGCAGUCGCUGAGCGGCGUCCGUCGCGGGCUGCGGUUUGUGUGCCGCGUGGCGCGCGCGUCGCUGCCGUUCCAGGCGCUGCUGCUGCUGCUGCUCGGUGCCGCUGCCCUCGCGCCGACGUCGCACGACUGCCGCGCCCCCCCUUCGCUCGCCCCCGUGCUCAGAUACCCGCACGGCCCCCCGCCGCUUUGAGCGCGAACCAAUUACUAUACAAUGUUUCCGCGAUAAGUCCAUAAGGGGCUUGUACACACGAUUGCGCGAAUAAACGUUUCCACGACAAGUCCAUAGAAGGCGUAUUCACGCAAUUUGUGGUGGAUACGCCGCCUGUGGACAUCUUGAUAUAAUAUAAUACGCGCCUGUUUUCUAAAUACUUUUGUAAUAACGCUAAAUUAUUCUCGAUAUCGUAGUGCAGGCUAAAUGUUUAAAAGAUACGAGAGACACCUUUCCCCGAAAGGCAAUUUUGUAAAAGACAGAUGUAUAUAACUUUUUAUACGCAUCGCCGGCUGCCGCGUCGGUGUCCGGCGAGCGCCCCCGCCCCCCGGGCCCCUCCCCCGGGGCGCACGACAUUCCAUUCGUGGUGCUACGCCGACCCACUGUAUAUAGGAAUUUUUGUAUAUUUGUACCGGCCGAGCCGGGCGUGUCGCGCCGAGAUAUUUAAUAUUUAUUUAUGUAACCUAUUUAAAGAUGGCGCCGCACGAGUUGCGGGCCGGCUUCAUAUACGCAUCCACGCAUUGUUACUUAACUCUUAGUUAGUAAGGACUGUUUACGAAAUCAAAUAAAAGCCUUGCAUUGAUUAAA